GGAGGGGGAGGCGGAGAGGAAACAAAAACAAUCGCCCGGGCGCCGCCAUCUUGGGCCGGUUCUCCGCACGCCACUCGGGUGAAUGGGUAGAUAUGAGAUUACCACGGCGGAGCAGCGGCAGCGGGGCACCCACGGCUGUUCUGCGCUGCCAGCCACGCUCGGCGGGCUCUAGGCACGGCCGGCGCCGCCCGGAGAGAACCCCCCGGCUCGGCCUUUCCGCCCCUAAGCUGCACUGCUGGAGGGACAAAGUUGGGCUGAGCCGCGCUGCCUCCGCCGCCCGGGAGACCGGGGAGCUGAGCCGGGGUCAGAGUUAGGGGAGAGGGCGAGCAGGGCAGCGCGCCCCGCUCCGCCGUGUGGGAGGCGCGGGGGGAAGGCGCUGCCUCCCCGCCCCUGCCGUGUCCUGCUGCUCCUCGCUCCGCGCAGGAAAAGGAAAAAGAGGAGGAAAAAAACGAGGCGACAACCGGAUCGAGCUCGGAGGGGUGGGUUUGGUGGAGGGUCCGUGUGAGCAGCGGCGGGGCGGCCGGGAGGAGAUGUGUCCGUGAGGAGCGUGGAUCCAUUCAGGACCCGUGAAUCUUGGAUCCAGCCCGGACCCUUGAGGAGCCUGGAUCCAGCCCGGCCCCGUGAGGAACGUGGAUCCAGCCCGGCCCCGUGAAUCCCGGAUCCAUUCAUCCUGUGAGGCACAGCCCCGCUCGCCUCCUCCCUUCCAAAGAAGCCCAGCUCUCCUGGAAGGAAGCUCGGCGCUCCAGCAAGGAUUUGCCACAAAGAAUAUACCACCCUCCUCCUCCUCCCCCAGCGCCUGGAUACUGCAUUUCUUUUAUUUUAUUUUUUUUUUCUCCUACCCCCCUCCCCAGUCGCUCCCGUGUGUUUAAAAAACCAAAUAUAGCCUCUUUGCGGGGGGAGGGGAUGGAAAUCUCCUAGAAGGAUUGGAAAUCUUGCCGGGAUUCGGGAGCGCUGGAGAAGGACGGCGGAGCCGGGGGGAUGCGCUGCUCUCGCCGCCUGGCCAAGGACUAGAGCUUUGCCCCUUCCCAAAGGUUGGUUUGGUACCAAACUGUUGGUUUUUUCCUCGGCUGGGCUGCGCGAAAUCCCUCAGCGGUAUUAAAGAGAAAACCCACGUGUGGCUGGUUUUUAAGGUAGUUUUUUUAUUUUCUCGUCGAGGAACUGACAGAACUUCCUCCCUUCGCCCCGAGGUUUGGAACUGGAAUGGAGCUGCUUUUCUCCCAAACACUACAAGGUGUGUGAGGAGGGGGAGGCAGGACGAAAACAUCGUGUGGACUCAUCCCGGCCCGACCCCCCGACAUCCACGAGGGAUGAUCCUGCACGGCGCUUGAUGUGGAAAACACUUGGAGACUCAGAGACUUCGUCGUGUCCAGCAGCUUAAUUCUUGACUUAUUUUCUUCUUGUUUUGGUUUUUUUUUUUUCUUUUUUUUUUUUUUUUAAGUGGAUUCGUAGCAUUACUUUUGCGAAUUGAAUUUUGCCACCGUUUGUACAGAAGCCAAAUGACACGUGUGUUUUGAAACACGGUUCCAAAUAUAUUUAUCCCUCCCUCGACCCGGAUUCUCUCUAGAAAGAGCCGCGGGGAGGUCGUCAGUGUCUAAACAAACCUGAUUUUAGUGUUUUCUGAACACUACCUGCUGCAGAGAUGUUGCUAUAAAUUGCUUUAUAACGGUUCAGCAAGAAGGGAGAUUUUUUUUUUUCCAGCUUGCAGGACCCAGGAAACUGGAUACUUAAAAGUCACUUAAAUGUUUUAACAGCGUUGGAAAAUGGGAGCUGCUACUAAGUUGGCGUUCGCUGUUUUUCUUAUCUCUUGUUCAUCAGGUGCCAUCCUCGGCAGGUCAGAGACCCAGGAGUGCAUCUACUACAACGCCAACUGGGAGAAGGAUAAAACCAACCGGAGCGGGAUCGAGCCUUGUUACGGGGACAAAGAUAAGAGGAGACACUGCUUUGCCACGUGGAAGAACAUUUCUGGCUCCAUUGAGAUCGUGAAGCAGGGCUGCUGGCUGGAUGACAUCAACUGCUAUGACAGGAAUGAUUGCAUCGAGAAGAAGGACAGCCCUGAGGUGUUUUUCUGUUGCUGUGAGGGCAACAUGUGCAACGAGCGCUUCUUCUACUUCCCGGAGAUGGAGGUGACCCAGCCCACUUCCAACCCCGUGACCCCGAAGCCCCCUCUGUUCAACACCCUGCUGUAUUCCUUGGUGCCUAUCAUGGGAAUUGCAGUGAUUGUGCUCUUUUCCUUCUGGAUGUACAGACACCACAAGCUGGCCUAUCCCCCAGUGCUGGUGCCCACCCAGCAUGCCUUUCAUAUAAUGAUCGAGGAUCCUGGGCCUCCCCCACCGUCCCCACUGAUGGGUCUGAAGCCUCUGCAGCUCCUGGAGAUCAAAGCCAGGGGCAGGUUUGGGUGUGUGUGGAAAGCUCAGCUCCUCAAUGAAUACGUGGCAGUGAAAAUAUUCCCCAUCCAGGACAAGCAGUCGUGGCAGAACGAGUACGAGAUCUACAGCCUGCCGGGCAUGAAGCACGAGAACAUCCUGCAGUUCAUCGGCGCCGAGAAGAGGGGCAGCAGCAUCGAUGUGGACCUCUGGCUCAUCACGGCCUUCCACGAGAAGGGCUCCCUGACGGAUUUCCUGAAGGCCAACGUGGUGUCGUGGACGGAGCUGUGCCACAUCGCGCAGACCAUGGCGCGGGGCCUGGCCUACCUGCACGAGGACAUCCCGGGGCUCAAGGACGGCCACAAACCCGCCAUCUCCCACAGGGACAUCAAAAGCAAGAACGUGCUGCUGAAGAACAACCUCACUGCCUGCAUUGCUGAUUUCGGGCUGGCUCUGAAGUUCGAGGCUGGAAAAUCUGCAGGAGACACCCACGGGCAGGUGGGCACCCGGCGGUACAUGGCCCCGGAGGUGCUGGAAGGCGCCAUCAACUUCCAGAGGGACGCGUUCCUGAGGAUCGACAUGUACGCCAUGGGACUGGUGCUCUGGGAACUGGCCUCGCGCUGCACGGCCUCCGACGGCCCUGUGGAUGAGUACAUGCUGCCCUUUGAGGAGGAGAUUGGCCAGCACCCCUCCCUGGAGGACAUGCAGGAGGUGGUGGUCCAUAAAAAGAAGAGGCCUGUCCUGAGGGAGUGUUGGCAGAAACAUUCUGGGAUGGCGAUGCUGUGCGAGACCAUCGAGGAGUGCUGGGAUCACGACGCCGAGGCGCGGCUCUCGGCCGGCUGCGUGGAGGAGAGGAUCAUCCAGAUGCAAAAACUGACUAACAUUAUAACCACAGAGGACAUCGUGACUGUGGUCACAAUGGUGACGAACGUGGACUUUCCUCCCAAAGAAUCCAGUCUAUGAUAGUUGCACUGGUCAUGGAAGUGACCGCGGGACUCUUCGGCGGAGCUGCUCCGGCGCGCGGGCCGCCGGCGUCGCCGCCGUGCCGGCGGGAAGAGCGGAUGGUAAGUCUCUCUGGAACAUCACCAAGAGGUGUUUCUCCUUUGUUUGCCCCUUCCUCCUCCCCGGCGUGGAUCCAUGAGACUUCCUGCAUUCCCUGCUCACACCUGAAGGACGUGACCGGACCCCUCACGCGCCGACGAGGGACUCACAUGAAGAAUAUGGACCUGUCGGGGCUUAACGAGCGUUUUAAACACUGACACCCGACUUCUUAAUCCCUGGCAGAAGAGACUAAUUCCUUAAACGAACUGCUGUUAUUUUUUUUAAAUUCAAGAAAAAACAAAAACAAAAAACCAUUUCAUUUCAGAUUUAAAAAAAAAAAAAACGACAGAAGAAGAAAAACAAACCGACAAAAAAAAAGGGUAACUUUGUUUUUAUUGCAUUCGUCGUCGUUUCUAUCAAAAUGACUCGUUGUGACGCGACUACGACACAGCUUGUGAAUGUUCCGUGUGCUGCUGUUCCGUGUACAGAAACGAGAGGAAUCAAUGGGAUAGAGCAAAGAGGCUUCCAAGUAUUACUUAACCUCCCUCAAAACCAGGUAUACCUCAGUUCCACCUCCUAAAUUAUCGUCGACAACACUAAUUGGGAUAAUGAACCGCUCCGUGUUUUGUAAAUGAUGUUAUUCCCCGUCCCUGUGUUAUUUAAGAAGGGGAAGGUGCCCCCAGGAAUGGCCAUUCCCAGAGCCGUGUUUUUUAGCCUUUUCUUGUACUCGCUUGUUGUGUAUAAAAAAAAAAAAAAGUGCUGUUUAUUGAGAGAAAAAUUUUCCUUCCUCUUUUAGUUGAAAGCUUUUCCCUCCGUUUCCCAGAGUAUCUCAUCCAUUUAUUUAACUGAUACUAUUUAGGUUUGCUGUGUCUGAGGAAUAUUUGAAAACUUAAGCAUGACUUUUAUUUUUUUUUUUUAAUUUUCUGUGAGCUGUGACACUGGAAAGCUCUGAAUUCUUGUUCUUUUUUUUUUUUUUUAAAAAAAAAAGUCUUUUUUUUCCUAUUUAUGUUCGUGCCGAGGUCGCCGCGUGUUCCCUGUCCCAGCAAACAGUGGGGGCUGUGUCCCUGUUCCAGGAUCACCUCAGGAAGCUCAGUUCCCCCCCAGUUCCUCACUCUCUGCUUGGAAUAUUUGCAAUUCCCUCCACUCAAAGCUUGUGCCAUCCCACAGGAGUGCAGCUCACGCUCCCUGUGAUCCACAGGUUUAUCCUGGAGUCACACAAAGAGUUCUGGCUCCAGAUUCCAGGUGUGAAAUUUCAGGGAUAAUUAGUUGUGCUCACGAUAUGCAACGACCAUUCCGAGGUAACAAAUAUCCACAGCACAGACUCGCCAAAAAUGAGGAAAAACGUGGAAGUGGCUUUCCCAGCUCCAACACCGGAGUGCAGGAUGUCACACCUCGGGUUGGAAUUAGGGUGACUGGGAGCUGGGUGCCGCAGUGCUGCUCCCAGUGCUGGCUCACCACGUUUAUGGGAUCCUUCCCCCAAAAUUCCAAGUCCAAUAAAUGUUGGGAUUGGAGCACAGACCCGGCAGCGGCCCCCGGUGUGCUGAGUGUGUGUCCGUGUUCUCCCUGUCUGUCCAGUCCGUGUCUUUGGCAAACAGCUUUAACAGUGCAGCUGGGAGCUCACGGCAGGGGGGCUGGAGCGUGGAUCUGUGCAGCCCUGAGAGGGGACUUCUUCCCUGGGAACAGUGGGAUGGGAUGGAUACAGGGAGGGAGGGAAGGGCUGAUGUUCCACCCCGGGCUGUGUCGCUGUUGGUCACGUCUGUGCCUGAGGGACCUGCUCCGAGGGGACUUCGGGAAGGGGGAGAAUUCCACUUUGUGACACUUCCCUUUUUAAUCCAGUUUUAAUUUAACUUCCCCCAUACACAGGACAGGAAUGGAGUUCUGAACAAAUCCCAACCCACUUGUACUCCCUGAGACCUCUGGGCUCCCAAGGAGCAAAACUGGAGCAAACGGAGUUUAAUUCUGUGCUCCCUGAGAUCUGAUGCAAACCCCGAGCACGUGUAAAAUGUCCAUCAUUUGUGUCUCCCUCAAACUCGGGUUCUCACAGCACUUGUACCUCUGCCUUUUCACUCUGCCUUUGGCUGUCCCAGCUCAGUUCUUGUCCUGCUCCCAUUUCCUGGGAUUUAACAGCGUGAUGUAGCGUCCCUGAGAACAGGCUGCUCCUUGGAAAUGCUUUUGAACUGGUCAGACUGGUCUCCCCUGGGCUGUCCUGUCCAGCUGCUCCCACAGGGGUUGGGACAUGAAUUCUGCUUUCGCUUCUGGAGCAUUGACUGAGUUGAGCUGCCAGGGCAGGAUCCAGGGAGCCUGGUGCUAGGGAAUACCGUGGCACUGGCCCUGCCUGUCCCCUGGCUCCAAGUGCAGGGAUGGCCCUGGAGCGGCCCCUGAGCCCCCGGGGUUGUUUCUGUGUGAGAGGCUGAGAAGUUCCUGUUCCUGUCCCCGUCCUGCACGACUCUGCUCACGCUCCCCCUCAGCCCAGGCCCAGGGGGGUGUUCAACCAGCACUGCCAUUCCUGGGCUGUUCCCAAACCCCCCCAGAAACAUGGAAAUACCCAAGGCAGGCGGGUGCAGUGCUCCAAGGCCAGCUCUGGGUGUGACCAGCCAUGUCCUGCUCACCUCAGCACUGACACCACCCGUAGGGCCCCCCCUCUGCUCCUCCUCCAGGCUUUUGAACCUCUUGUAAGACAUUUCUGGUACAAAACACAGGAAGCUGCAAUACACAUCCAUGGGCAACAGGACUCCAGUAGCAUCCUUGAUGGAACAUCUGUUACCUCAGAUACUCAACCAGCAGGAACUGCUUUUGUUCUCCCUCCUCCUUUCAUUUUGUUUCAGUCCAUCUCCUCUUCGUUCCCUCUCGAGUUUGGGGAGCGAUUUCUUUACCUUUCCUCUCUGUAUUUGUCAGUGUUUUGGGCACAGGUUGUUGUACUACUGUCAAAAGGUACUUGCUGGGUUUCUGCAAGUGCUAAAAAAACCAACCAACCCCCCCCCCCAACCCUCAAUAAAGUGAUUGUUAAAUAUUGUACAAAUACAAAUGUAUACUCUGCCCUAUUCCCCCAACGGGAAAAUAAAAAAUGUGACUACUCUGA